GAGAUUGACUGACUAUACGACAAAUAGAUAGGAAGGGAGGAGCCAGGUUGCCAAGGUGAAUGUAGACUACUGUCUACUCUACGGUAUAAUCCAGACCUCAUUACUAAACACGACACCGCGCUCAUGAUUGCCGCACAUCGUUCAUUAAAGGCGAUACCAAGAAACCAGAGGAAAUUAGCGUGAAACGGACGAGUAGCAUUACUCACUUAAAUUGCGGUCAAGGCAACAUAAAAUACUUCAUGAAAUCUGUAUUUACUUUAUUGUUAAAUAAACCCGAAACACCUUGGUUUACCGAUUUCCUUGCUGUCAUAAACUGUGCGCUCAGCUGACAUUUCAAUGGAACGGAGCGAGUCGUGUUUCUGAUCCAUCAGGAAGACGUCCUGGCAACAAAGCGUGACAUUGAGAGUCCUCUGGAGUUCUGAGGUGCCAGAACCCAUCAGAACCCAUAGUCUGGGGAUCAGGGUGCCAGAGGGGGGACGUGGAACCGCUCAGAACUCCGCAGGAGUGUACGGAACCCCUGGGCCUGGCCCUGUGUCCUGGAGGAGGCCGCUGAGGGACGGACCGGGGGCAUCACGUGGCACUGCUCUGCCUGACUCCCACCCAGACCUCACCCCUCAGAGGGCCCUCUCAGCCUGCCUGCUGGGGAGAAGAGCAGGCCUUCAAUCUCAGUGGGAAGGAGGAGCAGUGCUCUGUGUUUAUUUGUGUUUUCAUUAAGCUGUGUUUUUUCAGGAUACCUGGACAGUGGAUGUGAUUUAGACAAUGAGUUUUGCAGUGAGACUGCAGGGAGAAUGUAGAUGACCUUGUUUUACCUGUAAAGAACCAUAGGACAUCUGAUCUGCAGUGACCAGCAGGCUGGAAAACAACUGAUCACACCUGGCCUUUGGACUACAGAAGCGCCUCUGAGACAGUACUGUUGGUGUGGGUGUUGUUGUGUGGGUAUGAAGACACUGGACAGCCGGUCAUUUUAACAGGGAUCAUGUACACUGUCAUCAGGGCUGAUCUGAGACAUCAGCUGUCACACUGAUAUAAGAUGACUAAAAAUCAACAGAAGACUACACAUUCAACCAAACUCCUCUGGAGACUGGAGCCCUGUUUUCCCGUCUCCUCAGUGACAGUCAGUGCUAUUUGAUUUAACGUAUCUCCAGUCCAGUUGGCUCCUCAUUUAACGCACCUCGGUAGUGCCAAGUCAACUAGUUUCUCAUCACCAUGGUGAUGUCCCAGGGCACAUACACCUUCCUGGCCUGUUUUGCUGGGUUCUGGCUGGUGUGGGCUCUCAUCGUCAUGCUGUGCUGCUUCUGCAGCUUCAUCCAGCGCCAUCUGAAGAAGAGGAGGGAGGAGAGGCUGAGGGAGCAGUGUCUGAGGGCCUUGGAGAUGGAGCCAUUGGAGUGCCUGGGCCCAGAGGGGUUAGGAAGGGAACCCCCCACCAGAGAGCCCCUCCAUUUCUGCCCCCCACAUUUCUCCCCCCCACUCUCCCCUCCGCUGCACAUUCUUCACUCCCUCCCACAGGGCAGCUGGGUCUCCCCUCAAGAGACGGACGUGUUUGGAAAGCCCCCCUGCUAUGAGGAGGCUGUUCUGAUGGAGGACCCCCCUCCUCCCUACUGUGAGGUGCUGGCUGACAGCCGGGGGGGCACCAACACCAAGCCCUCCUCCCGGACCUCCAGGCUGGAGCAGCAGGAGACUGAGACCUCCAAGACUCCUCCGGUCACAGUGUUCUCAGAGAGGGGCUACUCCUCCCUGAUCCGCCUGCCCACUGCCCGACGCUGGGACUCCCUGGGGCACCUGCUGUCUACCAUGGACCUCAACCACAACACCCUCCCCAUGGAGCCCCUCUCCCUGCAGGCCCAGGCCACCACUACCAUGCCCCGCGAGGGCCGGACUCACACACAGCCAGAGCUGGGGCUGAGAAGUAUCCAGGGGCUCAGGCGGCUAGAGCAGAGCUGUGGCCUGCCCACGUCCUUCCCUCUGCCGGGUCGCAGCACGGCCGUGUAAGCCUGAAUAAUCCUCCUGGAGGUGGGGGUGAGGCUGAAGCUAAGGACGCUGGGUUGAGGUGGAGAGGCGUUGGGUUGGGUUUGAGGAGGGGCGUCUGGUUUGUAGAGUUGGACUGAUGGCGGGGGUAGAGGAGGGAAAACACCUUUUAGACACCCAGCAGCCAGAGGUAUUGUUCUCUGCUUUCUUCUGUGCAGUGAGAUGAGGACAACUUUUCUAAAGAUGACAUAUCUGCCUUCCUCUCAUCAUCCCUCUUUUAUCUUGCUUUGUCUCCCUCCAUAUCUGUCUCGCUCUAUUCUCUCUCUCUGGCUGUGUUGAUCUCUCUAUUCUCCAUGGCGUCGCAGCCUGAUGCAGAGCAGCUAUUACACCGAGGGUACAAAACAUUUGGAACAUCUUCCUAAUAUUGAGUUGCAACCCUUGCAACCCUUUUUGUCCUCAGAACAGCCUCAAUUCAUCAGGGCAUUGACUCUUCAAGGUAUCGAAAGCAUCCACAGGGAUGCUGGCCCAUGUUGACUCCAAUGCUUCCCACCCUUGUGUCAAGUUGUCUGGAUGUCCUUUGGGUGGUGGACCAUUCUUGAUACACACUGGAAACUGUUGAGCGUAAAAGAAUCCAGCAGUGUUGCAGUUCUUGACAUACUUAAACCCAUGCGCCUGGUACUUACUGUUCUACCAUACCCCGUUCAAAGGCACUUAAAACUCUUGUCUUGCCCAUUCACCCUCUGAAUGGCACACACACAAUCCAUGUCUCAAUGCAUAAAAAUCCCAAUGGUGGAAAAAGUACCCAAAUGUUAUACUUGAGUAAAGGUAAAGAUACUUUAAUAGAAAAUGACUCAAGUAAAAGUGAAAGUCACCCAGUAAAAUACUACUUGAGUAAAAGUCUAAAAGUAUUUGGUUUUAAAUAUACUUAAGUAUCAAAAGUAAAAGUAUAAAUAGUUUCAAAUGUCCAGACUGCAUCAUUUUCUUGUUUUUUAAAUUUACAGAUAGCAUGCUCCAACACUCAGACAUUAUUUACAAACAACGCAUGUGUUUAGUGAGUCCGCAGUAGGGAUGACCAGGGAUGUUCUCUUGAUAAGUGUGUGAAUUGGACCAUUUCCCUGUCCUUCUGAGCAUUCGAAAUGUAACUUUUGGGUGUCAGGGAAAAUGUAUGGAGUAAAAAGUACAUAAUUUUCUUUCUUUCUUUCUAGUAAAAGUUGUCAAAAAUAUAAAUAGUAAAGUACAGAUACCCAAAACAAAUACUUAAGUAAAAAUACUUGAAAGUACUACUCAAGUACUUUACACCACUGAAAAAUCAUUCCUCCCCUUUAUCUACACAGAUUGAAGUGGAUUUAAUAAGUGACAUCAAUAAGUGAUCAUAGCUUUCACCUAGAUUCAUCUGGUCAGUCUGUCAUGGAAAGGUGUUCCUAAUGUUUUGUGCGCUCAGUAUAUGAGUCUGCUGUUGCCAUGGCUCCCUGGAACGGUCUGUUGCCCAUGAUGCCUUGGCCCCCUAGCGACUCCAGGUAGAAAGACCUCUAGUAGCUCUGUGUUGCUCCUGUUGUAUAACAUUAACAGUGAAGGACCAAGAGAUUUGCUGCAUUCAGUAGCUAUCGCCCUGCUCUGAGGAUUGCGAUGUGCAAUGGAAACAUUGUUUUGAAUUGAAAAAGCUCUUCUCCAUCAUUACUGUCAUAUCUUCAAGAUGUUCUGGAACUAUGUGGACUAUGAAUAUCAAUUUAAUAAACCACAGCUGGGGAUUGUUGCUCCUCGGUGUACGUGUGUGUGUGUGUGUGUGCGUGCGUGCGUGCAUGUAUGUGUGCGUGUAUGUAUGUGUGCGCGUGUGUGUAUAUGCGUGUGUGUGUGUAUGUGGUCUAGCUCCUAAAUCAUUAGUCCAAUCAAGUACAAAGGGAGACAGCAGCCUUUUUCCAGCAGGAAUAAGUUCCCUCUAUCCGAAGAAUUGAAACCCUUGUAUAAAUAAUUCAUAGCGCUAAUCAUAAGAUUUCCUUUCUCUCCCUCUCUGGGUUGUAAAUUACUUCCUAAUGGUUGCAAUCUGUCCAUCAGUGAAGCGUUUCAUCGAGAUUGUAAAUCCAUUUCUCUCUUUCUCUCCCUCUCCAUCUCAAGCUACUCAUCAGGCUAGAUGUGACUGUGAAACACUCCUUCACAUUGCCAUGCGGGUGCUACAGUACAUACAGCAGACACCAUUACAGAAAUUUUAAACAGUCAUGGUAGCAAGGCAAACCCAUCACCAUGCAGCAAUUGCAGACACAAGAUUUUCUUUCCUUAUUUCCUCAAAUAUUAUUUAGCUAUUCAUGGCUUUCGCUCUCUCGCUAUUUCAUAAUAUCUGACCCCUUCUCUCGGCACCACUGGUGUUGUCAAUGACAUUCAGACAGCUCCUAUUCGUUGAGCUUUGGAAAACACUUAUCGCUAGUCAUUUCCAUCUCGCUGAGUCUGAUGAAGAACCCUAGCCGAGUGCUGAAGCAUAAGUGUUAAAUCUAAUAAUUCCCAUUAAGGAAUGUAUAAUUAGCGUACACCCUGCUUUCUUUUGUCACUCACAACCAAUUAUAUCUUGGGAAUAUUUUUUCUGUUUUCAAACAUUUUUUCACAGCUAGUGUGAUUAAGCGCUGAAUUCAAUCCGUGGAGCUCAUGAUCAGCGUUACAGCAUGAUUACAUUUAAAGGCAAUGUUCCCCGUCAGCGAAGACUGCAUUCACAGUAAACCCUGCAUAUGUCGGCUUAAUCUGAAAUGAUGUUCAUAUUUUUAUCACGCAGUCGUGCCCCAGAUGGUUUUGCAGGGGAAAAAUCUAUCUGAAAAAUCAUGAGGGAAAAUUAGUGAGAUAUGAACAAUAGUGCGUUGAUUGCAUCAAGGCCAAAGUAUUUCCUUCUUCUGAAUCCAUCCAAUACGGACCCCAUUUACUACCCUUCUCAGCCUAUGAGGAACCAUGUUACCCAGCAAGAUCCGCCUCUUUGUUAUUAGCUGUUAUGUAACCCAAUUCAAUCACAUUAUGUAACCACUGAAAUUAAUGCAUUAUUUGAUGGGCUUACCUGGCAGCACCCUUGAGAUGCUUGGACAAAUUAGGAAGCUUGUCAGCUUGGUUCGGUCCUCAAGGACGCUCGAGUUAGGGAAUUGGAUUGGAGAUCUUCAAUCCAAGGAACACCACCAUUACAGUAUGGGGCACAGCAGGUUAUACAAAUGUGCAGGUAGGAAACAUACAGUACCCAACAGAAGGAGAGAGAUGGAGAGACUGGAGGGGGAGAGAGAGAAAAAUGGGUGAGAGGAGAAAGAGCAUGAGAGAAAGCUACUUGAGGCCAGUCCUGUAAAUAGAGAAUGUUAUUACUGAGAGGUAAAAAAAAAGUAUUGCAGUUUGAAGUGAGGGACAAUAGGGGAAUGUCAAAGAGCACUUAUUUAUAUAUUAAGGUAGUUGUGGUUAUCUUGAAACCUAAAAUUUAGGCAGUCCCAUUAAGUUUAUUCCAGAUGCUGCUUUUUGUGGGUUUUUUUUUUUACAGUAUACAAUUGCAUUUAGACAAUCAUUUUGAGAGUUUAGGAGUUUUCCUUUUUUGGAACAACCAAUUUAAUCUGAUUAUCAUGGCCCCUGAAUGUACAGAUUCAUGAUAUAAGUAUAACUGAAAAUGAACACAAUUUAAUUUGAGGUGUUUCUAUCCAUGCUUGAAUGUAGAAGUAAAUGUUAAAUAUUAUUUUGCCAAAUGUUUUGUCUGUUUAGAUCACACAUCAUGUCAUAUAGAGUCUUCUUGAUUGAUUGACAAUUGCUUCUGAGCUGUCAUGCCUGGA